AUGAAGCUGCUGCUGCUAGUGGUGGCGUCCUUGGUCGCCGUAUGCCUUGCCGAGCCAAAGCCUGCCAUCAAUGAGGUCAAGUCAAAUCAACCCUUGCAGAAGCCGGGCCGAUUCUUGUCACUACCCGUACCCGAGAAAUGUGCAUCACGACCGAAGCAGUUCAGCUACCGUGGACAUAACUACUUCUACAGCGCCCACGUUCCGGCUCUCGCCGACAAGCGAGUUGACUGGCUCGAUGGUCGUAACAUUUGCCGCGAGUACUGCAUGGAUCUGGUGUCGCUCGAAACGCAGGAAGAGAACAACCUGAUCUUCCGAUUGAUUCAGCAGAACGAUGUGCCAUACAUCUGGACCGCGGGUCGACUGUGUGAUUUCAAGGGUUGCGAGGGUCGUCCGGAUCUGGAACCAAAGAACAUUUACGGCUGGUUCUGGUCAAACAACCGUGAGAAGAUCCAUGCCACCAACCAGAUCCCGAACGGCUGGGGCUACAACCCGUGGAGCAAAUCGGGCCACAAGAAGAUCCCGCAGCCGGACAACGCCGAGUUUGAUAUCAAUCAGACGACCGAAUCCUGUCUGUCGAUCCUUAACAAUGUGUACAACGACGGUAUUGGCUGGCACGAUGUCGCCUGCUACCAUGAGAAGCCGGUCGUGUGCGAAGAUUCCGAGGAGCUGCUGAACUACGUGUCCGCUACCAACCCGGGCAUUCGUCUCUAA